AUGAGGUCCAAUCGCCUUGAAAGGCAUUUGAAACAACAACAUCCUACUCUGGUUUUGAAGACGAAAGAGUUCUUUUCUUCUAAAGCAGAAUCACUCAAGCGGAUGAGACUGGAUAAAUCGGGAAGUUAUCACACAGGUGUAUCGCAGCAUCUCAAAGCUUCAUUUAGGAGACUCCUGUGCAACGGCACAGAAGCCGAAACGGAACAAGAGAAGGAAAAAUAA